UCCCGGGUGCGUUACGAAGCAAAACCAAAAUUUUGACAGUCCAGACAGAACAAAAGUGUUGUUUAAUUUCAUUAAUGAAAAAUGACUACUUCAGUGGCACCCACAGAAAUAACCGACGUAGAAAUGAAGAACGCCGAUAGCCCCCCUGGUUUAGAAGCUGGUGACAGUAAGCGAACCAUCGAUUUCCAGAAUUUGGUGGAAAUUCGUGAACAAGCCCGGCAAAUCGAAAAGGCAGUCACCAACAAAGAAAAUCGCUUCAUCCUUCGAGUCCUGAGAUGCCUCCCCAACACCCGAAGGAAACUCAAUGGUGCCGUACUUAAAGGUUUAGUUAAUCAGAUCUAUCCAGUCUCGGAAAGAGAUGCUUUGACUGAAUAUCUAGAAGACGUACCCGCAGGGCUGGAACUGGAAACGGGACGAGCAAGAUCAGCUACAAAGUCGCCAGUGCCUGAAGUCGAUGCUUAUAUCCAUCUCCUUAUUUUGGUUUAUUUAAUAGACACGAACAAGCUCUCAGAUGGGGUAAGAUGUUCACAAGCUUUAAUGAAUAAAAUCACAAGCCAAAACCGCAGAACUUUAGAUCACAUUGCGGCCAAGUGCUAUUUUUAUCACUCUAGAGUGGCCGAACUAACAGGGAAACUGGAUUCUAUUAGAGCCUUUUUGCAUGCUCGCUUGAGAACGGCCACUUUGAGAAAUGAUUUUGAGGGUCAGGCGGUGCUCAUUAAUUGCUUGUUACGAAAUUACUUGCAUUACUCCCUGUAUGACCAGUCAGACAAGCUAGUUAGUAAAUGUGUCUUCCCUGAAACUGCCAGUAAUAAUGAGUGGGCUCGCUUUUUGUACUACUUAGGCAGGAUAAAAGCAGCCCGGUUGGAAUACAGUGUGGCUCAUAAACAUCUAGUCCAAGCAAUGCGGAAAGCCCCGCAAAACGCUGCAGUUGGAUUCAGACAAACAGUCCAAAAGCUUCUUGUUGUAGUAGAAUUGCUUUUGGGAGACAUCCCGGAAAGACAAAUUUUCAGACAAGCUAGUAUGAGACACUCAUUAGCACCAUACUUUCAACUCACCCAAGCCGUCCGAAUGGGAAAUCUACACCGCUUUGGGGAAGUCUUGGAGAAUUUUGGACCCCAAUUUCGCCAAGACCACACAUUUACCCUAAUCCUACGUUUAAGGCAUAAUGUAAUCAAAACGGCAAUUCGUGCAAUUGGGUUGUCCUAUUCAAGAAUAUCUCCACAAGAUAUUGCAAAGAAACUUGGCCUGGACAGCGCUGAGGAUGCGGAGUUUAUAGUCGCCAAAGCAAUUAGGGAUGGCGUUAUUGAAGCAACUUUGGACCCAGAAGGUGGUUAUAUGCGCAGCAAAGAGAGUACCGAUAUUUACUGCACAAAAGAACCGCAAAUGGCGUUUCAUCAGCGGAUCUCGUUUUGUCUAGAUUUGCACAACCAGAGUGUUAAAGCAAUGAGGUAUCCUCCUAAGGCGUAUGGAAAGGAACUCGAAUCUGCUGAAGAGCGCAGAGAAAGAGAACAGCAGGAUUUAGAACUGGCAAAGGAGAUGGCUGAAGAAGAUGAUGAUGGUUUCCCUUAAACAUUUCUUCUGUCAUACAAAGUUGAUCUUAACUGUAUUUUAUAGUUCAAUAAAUUUGUGUAUUACACUUAUAAA